AGGUCGCGUCCGCGCGCGGCGGCCCUUCCGAGGGGGGCUCCCAGCGGCCCUCGAGAGGGGUGCCCGACGGGCCGGGGGCCGCGCAUGGCGGGCAGCGCCGACGCUCGGCCGCUGCAGGACCCUGGCUGCUGAUUGCCGAAGGCCUGCUUCUACGGCGCGCAGACAGUAUCGCCGCCGGCGUAGACCAUGGGCCGGUCCAGAUCGCCCUCGGGGGGCCGCGGCCGCCGGAGCCGCAGCCGCAGCCGCGGCGGUGGGAGGCCACGCAGCCGCAGCCGCGGCGGGAGGGAGUUCUGCAAGGAUUAUACCCGCGGAGAGUGCAACCGGGGCGAGUUCUGCCGCUUCUCGCACGAUUUCAAGCCCGCCAUCCCGAGCCGCGACGCCGGCGGCUGCGGCGGCUGCGGCGUCCCAGUGUCCAGCAUGCCGCCGAUGCGGCCGCCGGGGGGCAGCUCGCUGGCAACCUACGACAGUUCUGGCCGCGAGAUGUGCGGCGACUUCAAGAGGGGCGACUGCCGCAGAGGAGACCGCUGCAGGUACUCUCACGGGGACACCGGCUCCAUGGGCUCGGCAGCAGCAGGCUGCGGCGCGCCCAUGGGUGGCGCCAUGUCCUCGAUGGGGGGCAUGAUGGGCAUGAUGGGCAUGCCUGGCAUGAUGGGUAUGCCUGGCAUGAUGGGCAUGCCACCCAUGGGCAUGCCUCCAAUGGGUAUGGGCAUGCCGCCGAUGGGCAUGGGCAUGCCGCCAAUGGGCAUGCCAGGGAUGGGCGGCAUGCCGCCCAUGGGCAUGGGGGCGCCCGCCCGCCCAUGACGCCUGCCUGCAUGUGUCUGUCGCAAGCCAGUAUUCGCAAGCGUUGACAGCAUCUGAUCAGUGGGCUGUCGUGCCCAAACUGAAAGUCAGCGAAAGGAUUGGAACAAGCAUAUUAUAAUUUAAGCGGUGCUGAUACCAGAAUGAGACAUGGACUUGCAGCAGCGGCAUGCUGUAGUAGGAGCCAGUGCUGCCGUCACAAUUGUCGUGGCACCGAGCACCGUUGACAAUAGCACCUCCAGCGGCAAGGACACAAGCGAACGGGCCCUCCAAGCCUUCCAGAUUGUCUCGCGGAGACUUGGCCCCGGUGCGAACCUUCGAAGGGGCAUGGCUCGACCGGGCCGUACCCUCCGACGUUUUCGAGGAGCCUCGCCCCGCAGGAAGUGAGGGGGAACAGGGCGGCGGGAGGA